UGCAGUGUUUGUAGUGUUUGUGUUGAGAGACAAACAAAAGCAGACAUUUUGGUCGAAAGCGGUCUAUAAUACGAGUGAAUGUGUAGUCGAUUGGAGGCGUGACUCCACACAAGCCAUACCAUUAUCACCACAACAACACAUUUGAUCCGCACUUAUGUCCACAACUGAAGUGCACUGAGAAAUGCUGGAGAAGAAGGGCGUCAGUCCUAUACUGUGCCAAACGGGAGCCCAAACGCAGGGCAACGGCGGCCCCACUCAAGGUGUCGGCCCUCCCUCUGCGCCCUCUGCCCAACAGUCGGCCAUCUGUUCCCAACCCAUGAACGACACGAACAACGGUUUGGAGCCGAAGAGGUGCGGUUCCAAAGGCACGACCAGUGCUUCGAGUAGUGGCCCAAACACUCCGCUCGGCGACCAAAUGAUGGCUCCGAUGACAGCCUCACAAGACUUCGUGAUCAUCAAAAGCGAGGAUCAAAUGCCUCCGAAUGCGGCCAAUCAUUGCGACAAUAAGACUAAACUCAAUGUCGAGACACAACUCAGGAGUAAUCACAUGAUUGACACCAAACCAAACAUCAAUACAUUGAACGCAAACGUGAAUAUGUGUGGCAAUAGAGACAACAUUACCGCCAAUAAUGGCAUGAAAUGCAGAGAUAAUGUCAUGUCUUGUGGUGCGAACGGUGCCAUCAAUGGACCCAUGAAUGGCAUGAAUUGCAUCAACAAUACCUCUCCACUCAAUCAUCUACUAAAUGACGAUAAGUUAACAAGUUUUGGAAAUGAGUUCGGGAUACCAAUGCCAGUGCCAACCGGUAACCUUCCAGUGCCAGGUGAUUUACCGCCGUUUCCCCUAAUGUCUCAGCCAAUGAACACUAGAAUGAGAGGACGCGGGCCCUGCGGUCCACCCCUAGCACAGGGACCCCGGAUGCCGAUCAACGCUCCCCUUCACUCACAACCGCACAAUAAUAUGCAUCAAAUGGUGGCCAACAAUAAUAUGCCGCCGCAGAAGUCAUCGAUGACUAUGGAGUCCCAGUAUAUGCAACAACAAAGUCAAAUAUUUGUGUUCAACACCAAAGUGGCGAACGAUGCGGCAGAUGCUGUGGACAAGGGAUCCUUUGCGUCCAUCAUUGACUACCACUGCGCCAAUCCCGAGACCAAAAGACUUUUAGAGAAAUUCCCAUUGAAAGCACCCAUCAAUCGGGGGAAUUGUUCGGCCGUUUGGCUCAAUAAUAUGGCUCAACAAAAACAGGGCGGAAGAGGUCUUAAGCCGAAUGUGUCGAACGCACACCUAAUGCAUCCCUCAAUGAUGAAGAACUCGUUCGGUGGUCCCCGAGAGUCGGGUCCAUGCAAUACGUCAGGACCGGGUCCUGGGGGUGGAAUGGGCGGCAACUGGCCUAACAAUAUGAACAAUAUGUGUCCCAAUCCUAACGCCGGCCCCAAUUGGUCGGCACCACAACAACAAAUGUUUGCUCAAAAUUCAGACAUUAAUCCUAAUAACGUUUUCACAAACUCUCCCAUCGGUGCCAACAUUAGGGGUUGUCCGCCCUUUGGAUCCAAUAAUUUUGGACCAAAUCCUCAAAUGUUUAAUAAUUCACCCAAUCCUGGAAUGGGAGGCCCAACACAUGGAGGCCCUCCACAACCACCACAGGAAAUACCGGACGAGACGUUAACUGAGGAGCAGAGGCAGAAUCGGGUGAAGAAGUUGGCAUUACUUCGUUCAAUGCAACAACAGUUAUGUCCAGAAAUGAUGGAUCCGUCACUUAUGGGUCAUAUGAUGCGAAUGCCGGCACCCAAUCAGCCAAUGAAUGCCUCGGACUUUAUCAACGAUCAGAACAUGUAUCCGAUGUCAGAGUCGGACCCAAUGGCCAACACUGACCCUCAUAUGAAUCCGUCCAGAAUGAUAGCCAAUCCUAAUAAUACUCAAAACCACACAUCAAUGCCUCCCACUUCUGGCGCGGCAUCUCUUGAGUGGCAAAAAGCAAACUUUUUGGACGACAGAAGACGUAAAUCACAAGCCAAUGGACAGGGAGUCCACAACACUAACAAUUCAGUGCCAAUUUCACAUCAGUCUCCUCUAUCACAGCCAUCAUCAGCUCUUAAUAGUCCCAAUCCAUGCAUAUCGCAGAGUCCGGGCAGUCGUAUACCACCGCCGCCUUACAAUCAGGGCAUACGCUCGCACUCCAGUCCACACCCGGCCUCACCCGUCACCGGAUCCCUACCCAUGCCAUCACCGAGAAUGCAAUCGCCCGCUGACUCGCAGUUCACUUCUGGUGCGCGACUGACUCACACGAGUCCCGGUCCGCCCACUCCUUCUGCCGACAGCAACAGCAGUCUGUCUGGCCAUUGGUCUAAACACAUGUCUGUGUCUUCGGCCCCAAACACCAUACCGUCCAACACCUCCUCCUCGACGGCCGUCAAGAAUAGCGGUCGAAAUCAAGGGUCAAAUAACGUGACGAACAUUCGGGCCAACACUCCGUCCAGUAUAGGCCCGAGUCAUAGCCCUUCCAACGUUAAGAAACUGCCAAAUCUGAUGACCGGUAAGGGUUUGGGCGACUGUUCCGAUCUACUCAUCAACUCAGGCGAACCCAAUCGACCGCUUCAUCCAAACGACGUGCCAUUAAUGGGACCCACAGUAGCGACCAAUUGUUCGUCGCCUUUCAUUUGCAAUAAACAAGAACCGGCGUUAAUGCCUGUGCCAUCACCUCAACAGAUCCAAUACUUAAACACAUUUGAAGGACAAGAGCUUACCAUUCAAAAGCAGCCCAACACUAGCUUAAGAGACACUGACCUCAUAGCGCACGCCUCCGAUCUCGACAUUGGCUUCAAUAAUGAGUUCGCCAACAGUUGUCAACCCUUUGCCACUAAUGAACGGAUGCCUAACUUCCCGCUCAUGGAUGGCAUGAACGCCAGGUUUGCAUCCAAUCCACAGAACCCUAAUAUGAGUGGAAACCAGUUUGAAAUGAGUGCCCGAUUUAUGACUCCUCCCGACAAUAACCAAAGAUUCGGUGGUCCGGUGUUUGACGGGUCGGCGCCUCGAAUGAUGAACUCUCAUGAAAGUCAGUUCAGACCACAAAACAUGUUGUGUAUGCCUUACCCACAGAUGGACAACAAUAUGAUGCGAUUCAGCUCUCCCUGUGAUAACCUAAUGCCCCCCAGAGGUAUGCAGUGUUUGUAG